AGACUUGCCGCUCAACGCGCGCCCGGGCGAGACUGCGCCCGCCAAAGGAUCGCGAGAGCUGGGAAAGGGGUGGUUCCCAAAUGACGUCAGCCGUGGUUACGGCCGAGUGUCGCUGCGUAGCAACCGGGAGUCUGAUCUUGCAGUUCUCAUGGAGCAAAUAUUCCUUAUGAAGGCAAGGAUUUAAGGACUCAAGCUUGGGCUCAAAGAGAUUGUUUUCAUUCAUAGUAAAAUGGCAGGGUUGGUUCUCUGUGAGCCCAUAGAGCUUUACAACAUCUUGAACCAGUCCACGAAGCUCUCCAGGUUAACUGAACCUAACUAUCUCUGUUUACUGGAUGCCCGUACAAAGCGUAAAUACAAUGAAAGCCAUGUGAUUACAGCAAGAAGGGUUAAACAGAAUCCUAAGGGAGAAUAUCUGGUACCUGAAUCAGUUGAGCUGGACUGUGUCAAAUAUUGUGUCGUGUAUGAUGGCAAAACCAGCUUUUUGGAUGAUACUUAUUAUGAUGAUUAUGAGGAGAAGGAUAAGGAUGAAAAGGGGACUAAAGCUUCCUCAGAGAUCUCAAGAUAUAAAUCAAGUUCUUCAUGUUUACAAAAUGCUAAGGUAGGGGCUGCCAUCCAGUGUGCCAGAGUCUUAGAGCAAUUAACCCGCCACCCUGUCCGCAUCCUGAAAGGAGGGUAUGAGCGCUUCACUGCGUGCUACCAUUUCUUGAGGACUCAGAAGAUAUUCUGGAUGCCUCAGGAAUUGGAUGCUUUUCAGCCAUACCCUGUAGAGAUAUUGCCUGCUCAGUUAUAUAUGGGAGAUUGCAGACAGGCCUGUGACCAACAGAUUCAGAAGGCUCUGAAAAUCAAAGCACAAGUCAACAUCUCAGAGGAGAUUGCAACACUACGCUCAGAUGGCUUUUGGAGCAGUUCUGGUUUUCUCUACCCUGGGUCUAAGUCGGAGCAGCACGGCAGUAAUGGCUUUCCUCAUGCAUUCAUCCCAUUAUCCCUUAAAGGGGGCUUGGAAAUACAUCCAGAAAUGCAAAACAAAUAUGAGACCAAACCGUGGCUUUGUGCAACAGUUGUCCGACUGGGAAAGCCAAAUCUACGGGUCAGCGAUCACCGAUAUCUCCGAACCACAUUAUUGACAGGCAGCAAGGAGAACAUACAACAGGCAAAGAAGCUUUUCCAUCUGUACCACCAUUUAAUUUGGGCUGUAUUGUUUGGAAAGAUCUCCAGAAGCGAGUGCUGUGUGCAGUGCUGAAGGCACGUGCCGAUUUACAAUGAAAGGGCAAACAAUCGAUGAAGUUAGCCCCAUAAGAGGAAAAUAAGCAAGGAAUGAACAGAUCCUCCAAACACUGCAGAGGGAUUUCCUCACAUUAAAAAAUAUAACUCUAAUCUAACAAGAACAUCAAAAUAACACACUGGGGGGACUGAAGAUGGACUUCACAGUAUUACGGAUGUAGCCACAGCCACAAGGAAAACAACAGUGAAAAGAAAGAGGGCAGAUGAUGGAGGAGGAAACAAAAAUCCCCAGCAGGCUUGGAGGAAGAGGGGAAAAAUCUAGACCAUGU